AUGGAUAACAACAAACAUACAAAAUUUCCGGGAGAGCCUAACCUGUACGCCGGCUCUUGUGCGUAUGAGCGACAUCAGUUAGAUGGUGCCCCAUCAUGCUUCGCCAAAAAGAAGGGAAAGCUUUUUCUCUUGGCCAGAGAACCCCUCGAAGACACCAUAAACCGUGCAUGCAUGGACACUCUACACGUAGCAGAAAGGGUCAAAAGGGAAAUAAUCAACGAGCAAUUCCACUUGGUUCUUGUCCUGUACGCGCAAAUACUGAAGGCAAGGAAGGCGCAAAACAAAAUGAACAGAGGCAUCGAUGAGAAGGUCGAAAAGGCCAUUUCCGCGGCGAUCGAAUUGUAUACCUUGAUAGAGAAGCAGAGCGAAAAUAAGAACAAAAAGUACCUGCAGGAAAUAUUCUCCAUUUGUAACACACUGUCUAAUUUGUUAAUGAGAUACAACGAGGACAUCGUGGCUAAGCAGUGGGGGGAGGAACAGCCCACGCCAAGGGAUGGUGAAAUGUGCGGUGCUUCUGGUGAGGACACACUGACGGAAGAUGAAGAACCUCGUGGAGAGAAAGAGCCACUGACAGAAAAGGAGCCGCAACGUAAAGAAACGGGUGGACCACCAGAUGGCACACAAAAUACGGAAGGUUUAAAAACCGUGGAAGCAGCGAAAGAUGAAUGUCCACAUUUGGAAGGACUCCUCCCCCAUGGCGACAUCUACUUAGAAAACGAUUUUUCAACAAGAAACUGUAUCCGAUGCUUGUACGCGGCUGAAGAAUUAAACGAGACAGAAUACUACGGCCCACAUAGGAAGAUCAAGCCAUUCAGAUUUUUCCAAUUAGGAGAUACAAAAUUGGCAUUGCAUGAUAGAAAAAAAUUGAGGAGCAAAUUUAACCGCAUUUGUCGGAAUAAAUCAUACUUAUUGACAGAAAGAAGAAGCAACACAUCCUCUCCAGAUGAGUCUCUCUCGAAGGGAGGAAUGAACCAUUUAAGUGAUUUGGAACGUAUCCUUUCAGGGAUAAAUAAAACGAUCACCACCUUUGGCACCGAUAGCAAUGGCAAUAUAAAUGCCACCAUUGAGUUCUUUACACCAUACGGAGGGAAGGAAAAAAAUGUUAUCAACAUGAAUGAGUACGAUUAUUUCUUCUGCAGCAGCAGUGACGAGUCGGAGGUACAAAGCAGCACAGACGGACAAACACAACAAGGUGAAACCCCCAAAGGGAACCCCCUUUUAAGCAGAAAUAACGUCUUCUAUGUAGGAAAUAAGAAAGUUAUACUGAAUAGGAAAAAAAAAGAAAAAAUAAUUUUCUAUAUAGAUUCCAACGGUAUCUUAACAAAGGACAUUUUCAAAAAAGGAAAAAAAAAUGAAAACGUUUUAAAAAAAUCGUUUAAGGAAGACGAGUGGUCAGAUGAUCAUGUCGACUUCUGCUACCUGAAUGAACAGAAAAAAAAAGAAAAAAUUGUCAUCACGAAAACGAAAGACGGGAUGUGCAAACGUAUAUUUCGCGACCACGAGCUGAAUGGCAAACAGGAGUCUUUCGACUUUUACAGAAGGAGCAUCUUCAGCAUUAGGGAUGUUCAUCUGUACGACGACGCGGAAGCUAUGGCGUUUCGCAUUCUCAAACGAACCCAAACAAUGGACCAAGAAUACCGCGAAAAAGAAAAUCUUGUGAAAGAAAAAAAAAAAUUUAUAGACGCAGAGAGCGCCAAAGUUGCCCCAAGCUAUCACAUCCCCGUCCACACCAAUGAAUUGUCACUGGAAAAGGGAAAAAUCUGCUACAGGAGUAGCAAAGAAAAUUCCCUGGAGAGAAUUUUUUCCAAGCUUAAAAAGAGAAAGGAAAGAUACCUCAAGGCUAUCUACCUGUGCACUGAUAAGGAGACGGGUCCGAUUAGGAAAUCCCAAAACUUGAGACGAAUCAAAAUGCACCUUAAUGGGGGGGAGGGGAAGCAGCCAAUGGGGAAGAGGCUCACGGGGAAGGUACCCCUCUCCGGAAGGGAGAAAGCAAUCCAUCCCGUCUCCACGAAGAUGGAUCCCCCCCUAUGGGAAACCCAAAUCGGAAAAGUAAAGAAUCCAAAAAGAUUGCGCAGAGGGGGGGCCGAUGCGCCACUUCGAAAGUGUACUAGCCCAGCUGAGAAAAAAGGGGAAAUGGACAGUGGCGAAAAAGCAAAAGGGGAUAAGAAAUCCAAGUUGGAUCAGAAGGCAAAAAGGGGUGAAAAAUCCCCAACGGAUAAACAACCCCUACGCGGCCGCCUCAACGCGAAGAAAGGAGGCCACCCCAUCAGGGGCCUUGUCGAGCGUACCGAGCAGGGGAAGCACCCACAGGAUGACUCACUCAAGGAAGGCAACAACAUUAAUCUGGGUGACGGCAACAUUAAGCUAGGUGACAACACCAUGGUCUAUAACAAAAACGAAAAUGGAUAUAUGAACAUAUACAAUGAAGUAAAAGGAUGCAACGGAGCUGUGGCUGUUGGAACGUAUUCACUGGCCAAGUUAGCAUCCAUUAUAGAGAAAAGUCACACGCAGGGAGAUAAUCCCGAGACAUGUUGUCACCAAAAAACGAACAAAAAAAUUGAAGAAUUUGUCUUUAACGAAAAUUUAAAAGAGAUCAGCAUUACAUCCCAUAAUGUAAGCAGCAAGAGUUCCAAAGAUUGCGUUAAGUAUGAUAUACCCCAGGGGGAGAUCGCCCAAAAGGAAAGCGUCCCCAUUUUGAACGAGUUAAAUGAAUGCAGAGAAGCCUCUGGAGGGGGAUCCCACGGACCAGAAGAUGUCCAACCAAAUGGUUACUCAAACGUUAAUGGAGGGGAUGUCAUCAUGGCAAUCUCCGCAAGGUUAAGUAAAGAAGACGCAAUGUUGGAUGGGGAAACCUUACCAACAAAUUUAGCAACAUACGGAUUACCCAACAAUCCUGAUGGUACAACUGAUAAUAAUAUUUUGAAAAAGAGUUCCAAUUCAUUGGGUGAAUUGUCUAAGAGUCCCUCCGGAGACACCUCAAAAAAUGCUUUGGGGAAUUUGCGCGACCAUGCAAGGCGUCAACUAAGUGAUUCACAGAGCGAUGAAAUGAGCCAACAGCCAAGUCGCCAACUGAGCAGCCAAACGAGUCACCAAUUAAGCAGGCAAGUGAGUGAUCAGCAAAGAAUAGAAGCAAAGGAGCAACCUCUAAAAAAUAGACAAUCCGAAGUGAGCAACGGAUUAAAAUCAGACCCUGAGGAAUCAAAGGAGGAACAGAACAUCGCCAAUGCAGAUGCGGUUGCAGUGAGCACGGAUGGUGACCUCACGAAAGGGGGAUUGCAAUUAGCGAAUGAACCCAUGGAGGAAGAAAAGAAGAAGAGGCAACAGUACCUCAGCAGGGGAUUCCAGGCAUAUGCUCACAUAGUGUUAUCCGAAUCGAACGUCGUCACGAGGAAGUGUACCAUAUUUUUUGACUAUGUGGCUAAAAAAGUCAGCAUAGUAAGAAACAGAAAAGUGUUUAAUAUCGAUGUUGAUAAAUUGUAUGUACAGGAAAUACCUACCUAUGAAGUUGACCUAGGUGUGAUCGAAUUGGUACUUCCGAGGAAGAGGUCCAAGGUGCUACUAUUAGAGUCUCACGAUCUUGUGGGGUUGCAGAACUUGGGGGAUGAAAUUGGAUGGAUCAGCAACCCGAAUGCUCGUUUAGGUUCGCACCUGGGGGGCACCUCCUUGGACACGCGAAGGACCGCGCCACAGAAUAUGGAGGGAGGAAAAAAGGACAUAACAUACAAGCUGAAUAAGCAUUUCACAAAAGAAAAGAUAAGUUUCUUCGACAAAAUAAAGUUGAACAAUUUUUUGGGCAAAAAAAAAUGA